UAUGUUUUGUUAUUUCUGGUAUUUUAAGUGGUAAACAUUUGAGCAAUUAAUGUAUUUAAAAAGUUCGUUAUUUAACGUAUUUUGACAGAACCUAUAUAAUUUUGUUUAAAAGAUAAAUGUUGUGGUUCAUUUAUUAUUAAAAAAAAGUAUUAACGCUACUAAAAUGACAGAACCACCGAAACUAUCAUUAGUUGCCCAAUUUGAUGACUUGAUGCGUUGUGUAUGGGGUUUAUUGAAUAACGACGAAACAGAAGCAUUUUUAGCAAUUGUUCUAAACUUUGAAGAAUUUUGUUUAAAAGGAAUUGAAGCAGAAAAAGAAUGCCAACGCUUACAAUCAGAGUUAAACAAGCAAAUGUUAACGAUUUCUAAUUUAGAAAAGAAAUUAUCACAUGCCCGUAGUAUGUAUGAUACAGAAAAACGGCAAAGACUUAAAGCUGAACAUGAAAUUGAAAAUUUGGAAAGAAAUGUAAAUUUAGUUCGUGAAAUUUUAUUGACAAAUGAAAAUAAAAAUUAUCUUCCAAACGAAACACGUGAAAAGUUACAAUUUUUACACAAUUCUACAUCGAAAAGUCGUCGUAGCUAUGAAACAAGUACGCGUGCUAAACGUUUAAAUACAAUCAAUGAGUUAGAAUCAACAGGUUCAUUAUUAUCAGAUUUGAGUUAUUCGCGUUCAGAAGAUGAUUUAGAUAUGACUGGCGAUUGGAAUGGGCAUAGACCAUGUAAUGCAAAACAGGAAGAAUACCAUCAGAAACGUCGACGAUCAUCACAAGGAAAAAUGAUUGAAUUAAACCCAAAUGAUCGUGUGGUGGCAACUACAACCUUAACUGUAGGAAAAGAUGGUAGUCAAAUUUUGGCAACAUCAGUCAUAGAAGCUGUUCCAGAAGACGAACAUGAAGAAAUUUCACGUAUUUCAAACAAAAGUCGACGACAAUCAUAUUCGUCAGUGCCUACAACACCACAUGAUAAUCUUGAUGCAGUCGCGAAGCACAAAUAUAGUCAAGUACUAGGAGUUAGCCCAAGUGUGCAAAAUUUACGUAAUUCAGAAAGCAAGUGUCGCCCACAUACAUUUGUAACAAAAAUAAUGUCCGGUUUUCCAAAAGAUAUUUGUGGGCCUUGUGGAAAAAAAAUGCGAUUUGGUACAUCGUCAGUACGCUGUAAAGAUUGUCGAUCAAUAGCACAUAUCAAAUGUCAACAUUUAAUUCCAUUACCAUGUGUUCCUGUUGGAAAUACACCGACAUUAAAAGGAACAAUGGGUGUGAUCGCUGAUUAUGCUCCACAAUUUCCACCAAUGAUACCCGCUUUACUUGUUCAUUGUGUAAAUGAAAUUGAUAUGAGGGGUUUACAUGAAAUUGGACCAUAUCGAGUGCCUGGCUCUGAAAAAGAUGUGAAAACAUUAAAAGAGAAAUUUUUACGUGGUAAAGGAAUACCAAAUUUAAAUGGUAUUGAAAUACCAGUUAUUUGUGGUACAAUUAAAGAUUUCCUAAGAUCAUUACGUGAACCUUUAUUAACAAAUGCAUUACGUGGGGAUUUUAUACGUGCUGUAGAAGCAAAUGACACUGAAGAUAUUGAACCAGCUUUAUAUCAGACAAUUUCGGAAUUACCACAGCCAAAUCGUGAUAGUUUAGCAUUUUUAAUGUUACAUUUACAGAAGAUUUCUGAAAGUAAAGACUGCAAAAUGCCAAUUACGAACAUUUCAAAAAUUUUUGGUCCAACAAUUGUUGGAUACUCUAUUCCCGAACCAGAUUUUGGAAACAUGCUAUCAGAAACACGACAACAAGUUUCGGUUGUAGAACAUUUAUUAAAAAUACCUUCUGAUUAUUGGUUAACCUUAAUAAAUGUACAUGGAUUACAACCGAGACCAAUUGUUACGGAACUAAAACAAACAAUUAGUACAGAUUCAUUGAACUACCAAGGAAAUUAUUUCAGAACGCCUACUGGAGUUACUCCAAAUGAAGACCGAGUAAUUCGAAACAAAAGAAAAUUUUUUGACAACACUCCAUCCAAAAAGAAGGUUAAAUGAAACUUAAUAUACAUUUCAGUAAUGUUAAUCAAGGUAAAGGGAAUGUAUUCGAACAUUUAAUUGUAUAUUAAUUAUUUUGUAAUUAUUUUUUUAGUCUUCAGAAAGAAAACGAUCCUCAUACGAUCUACAAAAUUAUGCAUUUUUACGAAAUGCGUGGCUUUGAUAAAUAAGUUGCAGGAUUGGACUUGUUUAGCAGAUAGAAAGUGUGUCAGCACAUUUUUUAAGACCUUUUUAAUACAAAUCUAUUAAACCAGCCUAAUGAUUUCCUUUUUGUGACGUUUUACUUCUUGACUUUAUUGCCUUCGCACAUCUCAAAUUUUAUUUCAAAAAAGGUGUCAUAAAUAAAUUAUUCGAUUAUUAACCAUGAUAAAAAAGUCCGAUUAAUGAAUCGGUAACUUCUAAUU